CGACCGUUCUCCGCACUGCGCGCACGCCGCAGCCUGCUCCGCGACCCCGCCCGCCCGUCCUCCAAGCCGGCAAGCUGCGCCGCCACAGCGAGCAGCGCUAGACGCCGCGACACGUCGCGUCCGCGCGGGAGGUCCGCCGAGCAACGUCCACUGGGCCACGGACAAGAUGAUGCCCUCGAGCCAGCCCGAAUUUUCGCCGUCGCAGUUCACUUCCUCCCAGAAUGCCGCCGCCGACUCCACCACCCCUUCCAAGGUCCUCUCCUCCUCUCCCCUCACCACAUCCGGGAUUCAACCGUUGGUUGCUUUCGCGAUGGAGUACUAUUGUUUCCCUGAGCUAACUUGUGCUCGGUGGUUGGGUUUGCAGAUGCGGGGCGCAUCGAGCACUAUGCCGCUCACCGUCAAGCAGAUCGCCGACGCGCAGCAAUCUGGCACCGGCGAGAAGGGCGCUCCCUUCGUCGUCGAUGGCGUCGAGAUAGCUAAUAUUCGACUUGUGGGGAUGGUCAAUGGCAAGGCGGAGCGGACAACAGAUGUGUCAUUCACGCUCGAUGAUGGCACCGGCCGCCUCGAUUUCAUUAGAUGGGUGAAUGAUGCUUCAGAUUCUUCUGAAACUGCUGCUGUUCAGAACGGUAUGUAUGUCUCGGUGAUUGGUAGUCUCAAGGGACUUCAAGAAAGGAAGCGCACUACUGCUUUCUCAAUCAGGCCUAUAACUGAUUUCAAUGAGGUUACGCUGCAUUUCAUUCAAUGUGUUUGGAUGCAUAUAGAGAACACUAAAUUAAAGGUUGGCAGUCCUGCACGAACCAGUUCUUCUAUGGGAGCGUCAGCCUCAAAUGGAUUCGGUGCAUCAAGCACACCAACAUCUUUGAAAUCUAAUCCAGCACCGGUGACUAGUGGAGCAAGUGGAUCCGAUGAGACUGAUUUGAAUACACAGGUGCUGAAUAUUUUUAAUGAGCCAGCAAACAUUGAGAGUGAGCAUGGGGUGCAUAUUGAUGAAAUAAUCAAGCGGUUCAAAUUGCCUGAGAGCAAGAUCAGGGAGGCUAUUGUUUAUAAUGCGGAUGUCGGGCACAUUUACUCAACAAUCGAUGACUUUCACUACAAGGCAGCUUGAAGUUGUAGCCAAAAUUUCUGUCAGUUGUGAGAGAAGAGAUGCAUCUGUGGAGUUUGGCUGGAGCUAGAGGAGUUUCUCAUCUCCUUGCCCUGGCACCUUUGACGGUUUUGCUUAGGGCUAGUUAGGGUCUGUUCUUUCCAUUUGGUAACAGGUUAUUAGUUCUUUUGUAAGGUGAUGGUUUUUUCUGCUCAGGUUUUUUCCUUAAAAAACCUGGCUGUACCUUGGGUUUCUAAAGCCCCUUUUCUUCAUAAUAUAUUGACACACAGCUCUCCUGCGUGUUCAGAAAAAAAGUUGUAGCCAAAAUCAAGCAUAUUUAGUACGAUGGCAGCCUGCUUGUAUGGCAGAUGAGCCUAGAGGAGGAGAGGACAAUGUAUCAUUUGAGAGACCUGAUUCCACCUCCUUGUACUGACCAACUCAAGAAAGAAAAGAUGGUAUGGAGGAAGACUGUUUCAUGGUGUUAAACCUAUCUAA